GGGAUACUGAUUCUUCAUGCUCAUGUUUAUGUGAAUGUUCUUUCUCCAGCUCCUCUUGUGGUUCCUAAGAAUACAAAUCACCAAAAUUCUUGCAAUAAUUUUUUGGGCCCCCUCUCACCUCCUUUUCCCCUUUCAACUCAUUUGCACUUUAACUAUUUCACUAAAAUACCUGCUAUUUCCCAUCAGGUAUCUAGUAAAUAUGUCCAGAAAUAUUUGAUCUCCCAAGAUUUUUACUAACUUUAUUGACUAUGAUGCCACCCACACCCUAGGUGCAUUCUCGCACCCUUUAUAAGCAGCCCUUUGCCAACUCUGUUUUCACAACAUACCUACUCUGCUUAGUCUCUUCUCUUGCUAGCUCUGUUUUUACAUUUUCAAUACUUCUAAUAAUUAGCAAAUAUCAUCAUGAGCUCAAUGUCAUCUCAACAUGGUUCUUCAGGAUCAUGGACAGCAAAACAGAACAAGGCGUUUGAGAAGGCAUUGGCAGUGUACGACAAGGAAACUCGCGAUCGUUGGUCCAAUGUUGCCAAAGCAGUUGGAGGCAAGACUGCCGAAGAGGUGAAACGACACUAUGAAAUUCUUCUGCGGGAUGUUUUCUAUAUCGAGUCUGGUAGGGUGCCCUUCCCCAAAUACAAAACAACUGGAGGAAGCCAUUCCACCUCUGACUAACAUUAUUUUUGUUAAAGGAUGCAAAACCUAACACUUGAUUGAUGCAACGAACGUCGUCAAUAAGCAGACUAGAAAAGUGCAACUAAUUUGCCUUGAACCCUGCCUUCUAUAAUAUUUAAUUCAAGUUGUAUAUUUAAUUUCUUCGUCCAAUUAAAUUUUAAACGCUGCUAUUUGAGUCUUUAUAAUUACCUACGGAAGGAAUCAUUUGAAUUCUGUUCAGUCUUGUACUCGUGUCUCCUCUAAUAUUAAUUAAUAUUGUUCCUCAAAA